GGUGGUGAGCGGCGGAGAAAGACGCUUCUCAAUCCCAUUUGAAAGAGAGUAUCGAAUCCUUCUCUCGGUUGCUCUUGCAAUUUCUAACGCUCUGUUUGUUCCUCCUUUUCGAAGCCUUGGAUUCGAUUUUGCCUUACUGUUCUGAUCUCCUCAUCUUCACCUUUUGCCGAUUCUCCCUUUCCGUCUCCGAACAAGAUUUUCAAUCCCAUCCACGGGGCAGAAGCACGAGUAGAGCUUCGAUCAGAUUCUCUGUUUUCCACUCCAAUCAUGGCGUCUACUGAUGUUCUUAAACGACAAGAGAAUCGCUUUACAUUUUCCUCUGUCAGUGAUCCACUCAAAGGUGAUAUGGAUUCUCGGGGUAUGUCAAUCGAGAAGAAGAUAGAAUUUCUGGAGAGCUUGACAGGGAAGGUUACUAAUAGGAAGACUUGUAGAUGGUUAAAUGAUCGUCUUUUGAUGGAGCUUGUUCCUCUUUUGAAUGCUGAAGAAAUUAGAGGCUUGUUUGCUCCACCACCUUGGGGUGACGAUGUACGGCCCACUACAUUCUCCAUGACUAAUGCAGGAGACUGGGACAAAUUUAGGAGUAUUGACAUGGAUAAAGAGGCUAAGUUCAUUGUAGUCUUGGAGAACUCAUCCAUUAAGAGAAAGGGUCAUAUUGAUGCAGACAAAGUGGCUUUCUUGAAUGCCUGGCGCAGAAUUGAGUGUCAAACGAGAGAGGCACUUCGCCGUAGUUUUCUUCCAGAGCUUUUCGAAGCUUUUGAGAAUAGCAUAAGAUCAUUCGUUUCGGACGGUAGUAAAGAAGAUGUCCUAACGUUGCGGGUUCGAGACCCAUUCCACAGAUUAUUGCUACAUGGAGUUUGUGAGUUCUACAAUUUGGACUCUAUGAUGGUUCCCGAGUUGAAAAACGGAAGCUCUACGAAGAUGACUCGGGUAACAAGGAAGAAGAAGGCCUUGGUUGAGGUCCCAAAAAUUACUCAGACCCAUUUUCUAAAAAUGUCCAAAGAAGGAACAUGGUAAUUUCGAUUCAUUAGGUGAAGAAACUCGAUAGCUAUAAAUUAAUGCUCGUUGCAAUAAUAUCGAAGGUGUAGGUAGUGUAGAGUUGCUCAAACCCUGCUGCUGGCACCAAUUGUACCAUUAGUAUCAUUUGAAUAGAUAAAAUGCCUUGUUUCCUAUUCAAAAACUGCCUUCCUUCUCUUA